AUGUGGACUUCGGUGAGCAUCGGCACUCUCGUUGUCAUUCCCAUUGCAGGUGCUGCUCAGCAACUCAAUGACGGGGCACACUUUGGAUUGAUUGUUUUUGGGGGAGCUCUUUAUCCGUCCUCUACCAUUGUUCUCGCUAGCUCCCGAGGAAUCUGCAAAGAUUUCGGGCUAGUCGAGUUGAUUCGAUUGCCGAUUUAUGAUGUAGUGAAAACGGUCGCUGAAGCCAGUCCCUGGGUGCAAUCGUAUUCACAAUCAGACCAGCAGGGAGACGCUUCCACCAAGCUGGUAGAAAUACGCAUCCCCUUCAAUAAGUUUUUGUCACUCGGUAUCACCGAAAACGACGAGGGGUUUGAUCAUUCGAACGCCAAGGGACCGGUACCCAAAUAUUGCCAGAAAGAAUCCAACGUAAUGAUCGAGCGUUCAUUCGUCAAACAGGUGGUUUUGGCCAACUCCAAGGGUAUCCAAUGA